AGAGAAUAUGCCAGACCUAUCUAUAUGACCGUGGUUUUGACGGUUGGAAAAGUGUUUUCAUUUAUAUCUGUGUAGUUUUUACAACCAGAAUUUAAAAUGCUUUAGUUUUUUGGGAAGAAUGAAAAUCUAUCUUUCUCCAAGCUAGUCUGAAACAUUGUAUUUAGUGUGGUGUCUGUGUUUAACAUUGAACUUAGCGUGUUUAAGUUAAUUUUAUUUGUGCGGAGCUUUGAACGUUUAUUAUAACUGAAGUAAAUUUCUUAUAUUUAAAGAAAAUUUCUUAAAUAAUGGCGUGUUCAGGGAAGUUAGUUCCCGACGUACUAUCUGCAGAGGAGAGUGAGAAAUUGCCAGAAGAUAUACGCAUUAAGUUAGAACAUUUUGUUGAAUCUGCAUUUGAGACGAAAACAGCUUUAUCCGCUGCAUGGCAAGUUAAAGAAAGCGACUAUGAGCAGAAGCUGGCGGACCAGGAGCGAGAGCUGUCGAGGCUGCUGCAGGAGCUGGAGGUGGAGAGCGAGCGGCACAAGGUGGCUCGGGCCGCGCUGGCCGAGGCGGAGGCCAGGGUGGCCGGCCUGACGGAGGACGUCGCGGCCCUGCACGCGUCCGUGAGGAGGCUGGACGGCGAGGGGGAGCAGCUGCGCGGCCAGCGGGACGCGGCGCUGCAGGAGAACGCACGGCUGCGCGGCGCGCUGGCGCUCAACGAGGCGGAGAUCAAGAGCCUGCAGGACAAGUGCCGCGGGCUGCACGCGGAGCUGGGGCAGGCCGCCGACGCCAAGUACGCUGCCCUGGCCCAGUACCAGGGCGUCAAGGAGCUGGAGGCGUCGCUGCAAGCCAGGGAGAACGAGGCGGAGCAGAAGGUGCAGGCCCUCCACAAGCAGCUCCAGGAGCUCAGGGACGACCUGAGCCGGCACCAGGACGACCUGGGCUCCGCGCGCCGCGAGUACGUCUCCAAGCUGGCGGGCAUCGAGACACAGCUGGCCGCCAAGACGGAGGAGUGCGAGGCGGAGCGGCUGGCGGCGGAGGACCUGCGGGCGUCCCUGCAGCGGUCCCAGGAGAAGGUGCAGGCGCUGACGGCCAGGCUGGAGGAGCAGCGGCAGAUGGAGACGCGCAUGAAGGACAGCUUCGACCGCGAGCUGGAGGCCCGCAGCAAGCUGGUGCAGCUCUACAAGAACUCUAGCAGCGUGGCGGAGCUGAGCGUCGGGGAGGUGACGCAGGGCGCGCGGCAGCUCAGCGACCUGCUCAAGGAGAGCACGGACAGCUACGCCGCGCUGGAGGAGCGGUUCGCGCAGGCCGAGGCUGAGCGCAGAGAGCAGCUGCUGGAGCGGGACAAGCGCAUCGAGGACCUGGAGAAGGAGCUGGCCACGGCCAACCGCCUGCUGGGCGACAUGAAGAGAGAGGACCUGUCGAAGGCGCUGGAGGGCAUCUCGCCGGGCGCGGCGUCGGCGUGCCGCAUGCUGCGCUCGUGUGGCUCCAUCACGCAGUUCUACACGCGCUUCGUGGCCGUGUCGGAGGAGCUGGCGGCCGUGCGCGAGGAGAACCGGCGCCUCAAGCUCGGCCUCAACACCAUCGCCGAGGAGCUGGAGGCCAAGGCGCCGACGCUCAAGAGGCAGAAGGAGGACUACGAGCGGGCCAUGGCCACCGUGGUGCAGCAGACGCAGCAGAUGGACGCGCUGGCAGAGGAGAUGGUGCGGGUGCGGGAGGAGGAGGCCGGGCUCAAGAAGCAGCUGGCUCACCACCGGCAGGAGGGCGGGCGGCUGCGCUCACAGCUCGCCGACCUCGCCAAGCAGGUGUGCCACUUGCUGCGGGAAGUGGAGCACGCGCGCGCUGGGACGUCUGCAAGCGGGUGGAACAUCUCCAGAGACGGAACCAGCUCUUCCGAGGUCAUCUCGCAGAACCUGGUGGUGUUUGGGGAUGUGGAGGAGCUGCAGGCCCAGAACCAGAAGCUGCUGGCCUUGGUGCGGGAGAUGAGCGUCAAGGAGGAGACUGUAAUGCCCAGGCAGGUUGUGCGGGAGUGUUGAGCGGCGAGUGUGUCGCAGGUCAUCUCGCAGAACCUGGUGGUGUUUGGGGAUGUGGAGGAGCUGCAGGCCCAGAACCAGAAGCUGCUGGCCUUGGUGCGGGAGAUGAGCGUCAAGGAGGAGCAGGCGGAGGAGGCCGGGCAGGACGAGGUGGUGCUCAAGGAGAAGCUGCAGUUCUACGAGGCCCAGUUCCGGGAGAUGAAGGAGGCCACGGAGGGACACAAGAAGGUGAUAGAGACGCUGGUGCGGCAGCGCGACAUGUACCGCACCAUGUACGACCAGGAGGUGACGGGCUCUGGGGCCCAGGCUCCGCCCCCUCAGGAGCCGGGGCAGGAGGACCCGGCUGUGCAGGAGCUGAAGCAGAAGCUGGCGGCCGCGGAGGAGCAGCUGAGCCAGCUGCAGGAGGAGACGGACGCCUACCACAAGGAGCGCCAGAUCAACGACCGGAUGGCGGCGGAGCAGAUCCAGAAGCUGACGGCGGAGCUGGACGGGGCCAACGACCAGGUGUCGAAGCUGACGGGCCGGCUGGCCAAGUACGAGGAGCGCGCGCGGCUGCAGGAGGCGAGCGUGCGCUCCCACAAGCAGCAGGUGUCCGCGCUGGAGGGCAAGGCGCUGCUGCUCAGCAACACGCUCAAGAAGCACGAGGAGACGGCCACCUACUUCCGCAGCAGAGCCAUGCAGCUGGAGGGCAAGGUGGCCGGCCUGGAGGGGCAGCUGGAGCGGGUGAAGCACGAGCACGCCCUGCUGGCGGGGAAGGAGUCGCGCCUGCGCGGCGAGCACGACACGCUGCGCAAGGAGCACGGCAAGCUGUCGCGCUACCUCGAGAACCUUGACGCCAUCCGUGCCAGCUUCGAGCGCCAGGAGACGGAGGCCACCGUGCGGCUGCAGAGCCUGCUGGAGAACUCGAACCGCGAGUGCGCCGCCCUCCGCCGCCGGCUGCAGGAGGUGGAGCAGCAGUGCAAGGAGGAGAAGGCCAGCCUGCUGCCGGAGGUGGAGCUGGCCCAGGCCCGCGUCGCCGAGGAGAAGCAGGUGUCCGCGAGCCUGCGGGCCGAGCUCGAGGCCGCCCGGGACAGCGUCCAGAAGAAGAGCGCCAGCAUAGAGGAACUCAACAAGAAGCUGACAGAGGCCAGAAUGAGUCCCUUGGUGCUGAGAAGUGCUUCAGAGGCGGACGGGCUGAAGGCGCGGGCGAAGGAGCUGGAAGCACAGCUGAGGGCCGCCCAGGGCGAGGUGGAGGCUCUCCAGGGACACCUGGCAGAGGCCAAGCAGCAGGGCGCCACCUUCCGCGACAUGUGCGAGCAGUUCGAGAGGCAGUGGAAGGAGGCGGUUGACAAGCACACGUUCCUCAAGGAGCAGCACGACAGGCAGGUGGCGGAGGCCGGGAAGACGGAGGCAGCGCUGAAGGCCCGGGUGAAGGAGCUCUCGGAGCGGCUGGCCAAGGUGACGGCGGGCUCCGCCCAGUCCGCGGGCCAGCUGAGCGGGCAGCUGGCGGCCACCCAGGAGGAGCUCGGCAAGGUGCAGCGGGAGCGGGACGCUCUCAAGCAGGAGCUGGAGGCGCUGGAGAAGAAGGCCUCGUCGCUGUCCGCCGCCCUGCUGGACGUGGAGAGCAAGUACAGCCAGGAGGUGGUCUUCCACUCCAACGACAUCCAGGCGGUGGCACGGCUGAAGGAGGAGCUGGCCGCGGCGUCGUGCCAGCUGGCGACCCUGGCCGCGGAGAAGCAGGCCGCCGAGACGGCGCUGGCCGGCCGGAGCGAGCAGUGGGCUCGGGAGAAGGCGGAGGUGAUGCAGGACCUGAGCGGGCUCCAGGAGCGACUGUCGGAGCUGGAGGGGCAGAACGCUCUCCUGCACGACCAGUUGGAGGCCCUCAGCGCCCGCGCCUCCGCCUCCGCCUCCGCGUCCGUCCGCAAGCCGCAGGCCGGUGACAGCGGCGACGCCACAGCCGCGUCUGCCAGCGGUUCCUCGGUGGAGGACGAAGUGACGUCCCCGGGGCAGCUGAUGCAGAUCAUCAAGUUCCUGCGCAAGGAGCACGGCGUGGUGGCGGGCAAGCUGUCGGUGGCGCGCAGCGAGAACGCGCGCGUCAAGCUGCAGCUGGAGAGCGCGGAGCGGCGGCUGGAGGAGGCGCGGCAGAGCCUGGCCGCGCGGCAGGACGAGGCAGAGGUCGCCACCACCACCACGGCCAAGCAGACCGAGCUGCUCCGCAAGGCGGAGAUGCUGUUCGCGGUGACGGACAGCAACCGCAUCCUGCGCGAGGAGCGGGAGGCGCUGGCGGCGCAGGUGAGCUCGUGGCAGGAGCAGCACGCCGCGCUCUCCGCGCAGCUGGAGCCGCUGAGGGCGUCGGCCCGGGAGCUGGGCGCCAGGGUGGACGUGCUGACGGCGGAGAACGCGGCGCUGCGCGGCGAGGCGGCGCGGCUGAGGCAGCGCAACAACCUGCUGGUGGAGCGCACGGCCAAGUCCAGCCAGGAGGACUGGCGCCGGCUGCAGCAGGAGCGCGAGUCCCUCUCGAAGCAGCUGGCCGCGGAGAGGGAGCAGCUGCAGCGCCUGCAGGAGGAGAGGGCUCGCCUGCAGGACCAGGUCAAGGCUGCGGAGCAGCAGCACGCCGAGGAGGUGCGCAAGCUGACGGAGGAGACGAGCGCGGCGCAGCAGAAAGCCACGCGCUUGCAGCAGGAGCUCAACGACAGCAAGAACCAGUACACAAAGAAGAACGAUGAGCUAGCCCUACUCACGGAGGAGCUAGGCGCGAAGGAAGCCAUGCUGAACGAGAUUCGCAGCAAGGAAAUGACGAUCCGCAAGAUCGCCAAGAAGUACAAGACGCAGUACGAGGAGCAGGUGAAGUCGCUGGAGGACAACAAGAAGCGUCUGGAGGAGCUGCAGGCGGACAGCGUCUCUGCCGAGAGCAGUUCCCUGGAGAUGAGCGAGGAGGCUCGGGAGCGGCUUAGGGCCGAGGGCCGCCUCAACCUGGAGGAGCGCAUGAAGGAGGCUGAGGAGCAGCACAGCGCUGCCGUCAGGGAGCUGUCUGACCAGGUGUCGAGCUCGCAGGUGGAGAACGAGACGCUGAGGAAGGAGAACGACCAGCUGAAGAGCACGGCACAGGAGAAGGACGAGCAGACCAAGAAGGUGCUGAAGAACGCGCGCGACAAGAUCAUGGUGCUGACGGAGACCAACAAGAGCUUGUCAGAGUCCAACAAGGAGCUGAAGGAGAAGACCGCCAGCCUGUCCCAGAAGCUGGGGGAGAUCCAGAGGCGGGUGGAGACGCUGGAGAGUCCGCAGGAGGACGCGGGGACCUCGGGCAAGGCCCAGCUGGAGAGCCAGGUGGCCAGGCUGCAGAAGGAAAACGCUGACCUGCGCGCCGACAUACAGCGCAACGAGGAGAAGUACCUCCGCGACUCGGAGUCCCUCAACCAGAAGAUCUUGCAGUUGCAGCGGCAGCUGGACAAGCAUCAGGGCUCCAAGCCUUCGACCAGCUCCAGCAUGACGGAGAAACCGAGUGUGGAUCCUCCCACCGCCAACAUCAAGCCAAUGGCGGGCCCCUCAUCCUCGGCCAGCAAACAGUCCCAGAGCCAGCAGUCGGUGACGGUGGCACCUUGGCCGGGCCGCGGGGAGACCCCGUUCGCCAGCAUCCGGCCCAUGUCCAUGCAGUCGCGCAUGGUCGCAGUGCUGCCAACCCAGACCGCCAGUCAGAGCGUGGGCACCGUGCUGGUGGCGCCCCAGCAGCUGGUGCACACCACGGGACCCUCGGAGGGCCCCUCCUCUUCACCCUCGUCCUCGCACACGGAGUUCAUGCCAGCCACCAGCUCCGCGGGCCCGGCCGUGCGCCAGGCCGCCGUGCAGCCCACGCAGCAGGUGCUGGUGGCCCCGUCUGCCGCAGAGUCCACCCAGGACAUGGAGGCGGAGCCGGCAGAGGAGGCGCUGCAGCCGCCCCAGCAGCUGCAGCAGCAGCAGCAGCAGCAGCAGGCGGUGGCGCUGGUGCUGCCCCGCGUGGAGCAGACCUCCUCGCAGUGCUCGGAGCAGUCGUCGGUGGUGACGGCCAGCCCGCAGCAGGCCAGCAGCAACAACAACACAGUGACGACCUCGCAGGCGGGCGGCAAGCGCCCCAGGGAGGCGGAGAGCGACCCCGACAAGCUGACGCCCCAGACGAAGCGGGCGCGGGCGGUGGAGGGGGCGGCCCACCAGGAGACGGUGACCUCGGCGGAGUGCCUGGAGGUGGAGUACCAGGUGCCCACCUCCUCGCAGCGCGACCAGGAGGACGACGUGGCCAUGGGCGACUCUGACGAGGAGGGGCUGGCCGACGGCGGGGACUGUGCAGGAGUGUGCCGGUGUGCGCAGGUGGUGGAGGAACCGGACGAGGGGCAGGAGUUCGAGGACGACGCGGACAACGGGGAAGGCUUCGUGGUGGAGGGCUACGAGAGAGAGGAGCAGGAGUUGGUGGACUACGACGAAAGCGAGGGACCAAAUAUCGACAACACCACCACCGAACAGGACAGCAACGAAGUGGAGGUUGCAGUCGGGGAGGACAGCAACGAGGUGCCGAACCAGUCGGGCUCGCUGGGCGCGGAGAGCGACGUGGGGCAGUCGACGGGGCCCGAGGCGAGCAGCAGCGACGCCCCGAAGAGCGAGGACGUGUCGAGCCACGCCUCCCAGUCCGUACUGCCGGUGCGGGCGCGCUCCGUGCAGCCACUGGCGCGCCAGCAGCAGCAGCUGCUUCUGCCACAAGGGUACGAGGACGCGGGAGACGACUCGAUCGUGCCGAGCACUCCGACGCUGUUCCUGCCGCGACGCAGCGAUGGCUUCGGGGAGGCGGUGAGCUCCCCACACGUCCCGCAGGGCCGCUUCACCUUCUCCGAGACGAACCAGCCGGCCGGGCGCGCCAGCUCGGCCCAGUCAGGGCCCGAGGCUCUGGACGAUAUCCGCAUGGAGGACGCUGGGACCGGUCGCAGUGUGCCCACCACGCCGCUGCAGGUGUCGCCUCAAGACGUGAGCGCGGAAGUGAGCCAGGGCACGGACGGCGACGCGGCUCCUCCGUCCGUGCCGGACAACCCCGGCAACAUCCCCUCCAUCCUGGUCACCCACGACCUGGACGAGCCGGUCGACCAGGACGAUGCUCGAGCCGCGGACGUCGCAGAUGCAGAAGACCAGGAUGCAGCUGAAGCCCACAGCUUGGACCAGGAAGAUGCAGAACCUGCAGAUGGGGGGAACGGGGUGACCUCGGAGGGGGAGAAGCUGGUGUCGGCGGAGGAGGCGGAGGGGCGCGAGGCGGAGGCCUCGGAGGUGCCCUCCCACAGCCGGGCGUCUCAGCGGCCCCUGCAGCGAGGCUCGGGCACGGCUCGCCGCUCCGCGCGCUCCAUGUUCCGCGGGCGCGGCCGCAACGACCGCCCCACGCCCAUCAUCUGGAGCGAGCCGGGGUCCACGUCCUCUCGAGGUCGGGAGCAAAUGGCUCGUCUGUCCUUGAUGCACGCCCGGGAGCGGGGCGCGGUGUUCCCCCGCGGAGCGCCCCGGGCCCGCAGGGUGCGCGGCAAGCCCAAGACCGUCUUCACCAACCCCUACCACAUGAGGUUCUGAUCCUCGUGCUCUUCUCAUUACAACUCUCCCUAGCCCCUGGCCUUCGUGCCACAUGUGGGGAAUUACCUUUUUUUAAUUUAAUUUUUGUUAUUGUGAGCUUUGUACUGUAUGUAUGUUUAAUUGUGUAUUAAAUUUAUUCUUAGAAA